UUUUGAGGUCACGUAAAGGUCAGAGAAGCCUCCGCCAUUGGCGCGAGCACUGCGGCUCCAUGUGUUGUUGUGUACUUGCUGCAGCGUCACCUUGCGAAGUUAGUAGAAAAGACAAGCAUCCGUAGUCAGACUUCCGGGAUUAUUUGCCAACCAGUCCCUCAUGAUUUAUGAAGAAAAGUCUAGCCCGUAAUCAAAAUGCACUAAUGUACCAGUGUCAUCAGGGAAAAUGUAGCUGGCUGUCCUCAGCUGGAUGAUAUUUCAAAAGAUUUUGAACAGUGCAAGCUGAAGUUAAUUCCGAUUAGUAUUAUGAUGAUCUCACCAUCAUGAUUAUGUGGCCCUUGGCAACGUUGGAAUCCCAGUUUGUGACGACUCUCACGGUGCUGGACUCAGGCUGUCGGGUCCACCAUGAUGACGGCAACCGCUUCGACUUUGCCCUUCACUGAAAGGUCCAAUCCACUCACACAGAACAUUGAUGUGGCUGACUGCAAAGGUAUUGUGGACAUGCUCCACAGCUGUGAUGAAGAGAUGUUGGCAGGAUCAUUUCAGUUCCCGGGUCUGCAGGAUGAGUCAACAGUGAGAACUAUCUUGGGUGCUGUAGAUCACAUUGCUGACAUCAUGCAGGAGCCAGAGGACCAUUUGGUUGUGAUGUCAGGAUGUGGGACGUCAGGACGGAUGGCAUUCCUUGCUGCUACAACAUGCAACAGGUUGCUGGUAGAGAAUGGGAAACAAGCUUGCUGUGCAUACCUCAUAGCUGGUGGGGACAGAGCUCUGUUGACAUCUCAGGAGGCACCGGAAGAUGACCCCUUGCUGGGAGCUAGUGAACUGCAGCAGGCUGCUGCUGGAAAGAAGAAAGUGAUUUAUAUUGGGAUUACCUGUGGACUUUCGGCUCCGUAUGUGGCAGGACAGCUGGACCACUGCUUGCAGCACCUGGAGACAUUCACACCUCUGCUCAUGGGCUUCAACCCUGUACAGCUGGCCAGGAAUCAUAGCAUAGAGAAAUGGGACAAGACUGUUAAGGAUGUUGUGGAGGAAAUGAAGCAUGCAGCAAAAGACAACAAGGCCUUCAUCCUCAACCCAGUUGUUGGGCCUGAACCAAUCACCGGUUCGACCCGCAUGAAGGGCGGCAGUGCUACAAAGAUCCUCCUGGACACCAUACUGCUGCUUGCUGCCCAGAAGGCUGUAGACCAAUGUGCUAUCAAUGAACACACAGUGAGGGCAUUUCUGGGAGCUUACAGCCAGUGUGUAGAAAGUGUGUACUCUAAAGCAGCUGACAUAUCCUGCCUGGUCAGUAAUGCAGGUAAAAGCUUGCAAGCAAGUGGGCACAUCUACUACUUCGGGGCUGGAACAGCAGGCAUUAUGGGAUGUAUUGAUGCAUCAGAGUGUGUGCCAACAUAUGGAUCAGACCCAGAAGAUGUGCGAGGUUUCCUACGGGGUGGUUACGACACGCUCAACAAUGCAGAUGGCUGCCUGGACAACCUGGGUCCCCUGUACAGGCUGUCAUGGAAGAACUUCUGUGAUGACAAGCUGGGACACUUUAAAUCAUCUGAUUCUGCCAUCUUCCUUCUGUCCUCCCCUGAUGAGCUUGGACACUGUUCUGAGUUGGCAGAAAAGCUGAAAAAGACUGGUGGUGAUGUCAUGGGAGUUUUGUAUAACUUUCAACCAAUGGAUGCCAAGACAUUGGCAUCAUUCAGCACAGUGUUUCCUCAGUCACUCCUUCUUCAGAUGCCAGAGGUACCAGCUACGGGAGGGUCAACAGCUUUACAAGCAGCAGCGUGCAGGCGCCUGGGUGAGUUUGCCCUGAAGCUAGUCUGUAACUCUGUCUCCACGGGGGCUCACAUCAUGGUGGGAAAAGUCUUCCAGAACCUCAUGAUUGAUGUUCAAAUCAGGAACAACAAACUGUUCUACCGUGCCAUCAGAAUUGUUCAGCAUUUGAGUGACUGCAGCCAUGAGGCUGCUACCAGGGCUGUCCUGUCAGCAUUGUAUGAUACAGACGAUGUCACACCACUGGCAGACAUCAAUGUGUCGCAGCACGUGGAAAGAGGAACGAAACAGGAAAAGGUUGUCCCUGUUGCCCUCCUGUGUGCAGCUCUACAGCUGAGUCCCAGUCAGGCCCGGCAGCAGCUGAUGGUGACGCCCAUCAUCAGACAUGCCAUCUCAGCCGGCAUCACCAAAUAACUGUCUCUUCUGAAAACUCUGCUUUUACUUAAGAUUCAGCAUUCCAGUAAACAGAUAUUUUAGACUCUGUAUAUGCCACCAAAUAGUAACUUUGUCUAUAUCAGGCUGAAUCAUUUUAACCAAAGAUCCAGGGAUAGUUUUACUUAUUGAAUAUGAUGAAAUUAUGUUUAGCAGGUAAUUGAUAACUAUAUUGAUUAAUCAAUUUAGAUUAAUCAGUUAUCAACAGGGGUAAUUCCCUCUAAAAUAUGUGGAAAUGUAACUUACAGAAAUCUACUAUUUUGUGUAAUCUGCAAUGAUACUAGUGUCUUGUUAUAACAUUUUUAAUAACAUGCGUACCUCAAUCACGUUUAAGGUUUUAAUUCUUCUCAAUUAUACAUGUAUCACAAAUGCUUAGAGUAAGAACAGUGAACCAACUUAAAGGAUGAUAUCAGGAAUUUUUAUAUCUGACAACUUUCAGUUUUUAGUAGUUAUCAUGAAAGAGAUUAGAUGUACCAAUUGACAGUUGAUAUGUGCCAUUAGUAAUCUUACUGAUGUACUUAGGCUUAGUGUCUCAUCUACAGUGUAUAGAAAAUGGUAUUUGACACAAUACAUCAACAAUACACAAGGAUAGUAAGAUACAUGUUUGUACCACAAUCUUUAUUAUUACAACUAUUGUUAUGAUAUCAAAAUAUGUAAUAUUUGCAACCUGUAACAGUAAGUUCAGUAAGGCACGGAUUAAAAGCUGCUUUAUUCCAUUUAAGGUGCAUAGAGUUAUCUACAUCAGGGAGAAUGUUAAAUCACCCUCUGUCUUGAGGGGAAAAACGUAAUACACAUGUUCUGGAUUCCUGAUGAUUUUCUAUCAUAAUUGUUAAUGCAAUACAACAUGACUGGUAUGUUGAGUGA